AUGCAGCAGCGUCCGUGUGCGGCGCUGUCCGACCUGCGCGCCGCCGACCUGACCAGCCCCUCCGCCUCGUCCCCAGCGUGUGCGGCGCUGUCGGACCUGCGCGCCGCUGAACUGAGUGCGCUGCCGGCCGGCCAGCUGGUGGCGCUGCUGCAGCUGCCCUGCCUCGGCCUGCGGGACGUCUCGCCCAGCCUGGCCGAGCACUACCUGCGCGCCCUGCGCCGCCUCAGCGCCGGCCGCCGCCCGUCCGGCCCGGGCUCCGACGAGGGCUGGAUCCCGCACUCGGUCGGAGGCGCGAACGAGGCCUUCCUGCACCUGGCGACGGGUCUGGUCACCUGGCACCAGCCGAACCGCGGGCAGCUGGCCGACGCCGCGCUGGACCAGCGCUCCCUCCAGCGGCUGGUGACCGAGACGAACGGCGGCCGGGACCGGCACGAGCCAGAGGUCGUCCGCAUUCAGCGCACGCAGCGCAUGGCGGCCCGCGUCGAGCAGCUUCGCCGCGAGGUCGACGAGCUGCGCAGCCGCCAGCUGCAGGAGGAGCAGCUGCUGCAGCGCUUCAGACCGCACUUCCGUCAGCUGGCUGCCGCCUCCCGACCGGACGUGUCGUUGCUGAGGAAGUUCGUCCACCUGCUGGACGUGCAGGGCUCCGACUUCAAGGAGGAGGUGCAGCUGCAGAAAUUGAAGGGUGACGUGGCCCAAAUGAUUCGCAAGAACCAGAUGCUGGAGAGAGACCUGGACUCGCUCGACGUCAAGAUCGGCCUGCUGGUGAAAAAUCGGAUCACACUGCAGGAGGUGCUGAUGCACAGCAAGACGAUGGACGCCGUGAACAAGAGCGGCGACAAGCUGGGGACGCUCUCCCGCGGCCAGGGGCUCAAGGCGCUGACACGCGAGAGCCGGGACCGGCUGGCGCUGUACCAGCAGCUGUUCUACCAGCUGCAGACGCGGCCGGCGUACCUGGCGCGGCUGGUGUUCGCGCUGCCGCCCGGCCAGUCGGGCCGCUUCCUCGAGUCCGUGGUGCCCAGCGUCUUCAACUACGGCACCAACGACCGCGAGGAGUACCUGUUGGUCAGCCUGUUCCGCAUUGCGCUCCAGGAGGAGGUCAGGUCGCGCGUGGACCAGCUCUCGGACGUGGUGAGCGGCAACCCGAUGGUGGUGCGCAUGAUCGUGCAGUACAGCCGACGCCACCCGCUGCGGCCCGUGCUCGGCCCGCUGGUGGAGCGCGUGCUCAGCGACCGCACGCUCCUCAUCAACACCAACCCGGUCGAGAUCUACCGGCACUGGGUCAACCAGCAGGAGGCGCAGAGCGGACAGCCCUGCGGCCUGCCGUACGCGGUCAGCCAGGAGGAGGCGCUGAAGCAUGGCGAGGUGGCGCGCCGCCUCAACCGCGCCAUCCACUGCCUCAAGGAGGCCAGCAACAUCUUCCUGGACGAGAUCUUCAACGCCGUCGACGAGCUGCCCUACUGCCUGCUGUACUCGGCCAAGGUGCUGAAGCGGGCGCUGCACGAAAAGUUCCCGGACGCGCCCGAGAAGGACAUCCUCAAGGUGGUCGGCAACCUGGUGUACUAUCGCUUUAUCAACUCGGCUAUCGUGGCGCCGGACGCGUUCGACAUCGUCUCGCUGCCGGCGGACCAGGCGAUGACGCCCGACCAGCGCCGCAACCUGGGCAGCAUCGCCAAGAUCCUGCAGUUCGCCGCCAGCAAGAAGGGGUUCGGCGAGGAGGCCGGCCAUUUGCAAGCGCUGAACCCGUUCAUCAUCGCCGCCCACGAGCGCUUCAAGCUAUUCCUGCAAGCCUGCUGCGCCAUCGCCGAGCCGGAGCAGCAUUACGGCCGCAACGAGUUCACCGAAGCCACGCUCAUCGCCAAGCCAAUCAUCUACAUCACCGCCCAGGAGCUGUGCGAGACCCACCGGCUGCUGAUGGAGUACGAAUCGGUGGUGGCGCCAUCGAAGAGUGACCCGCUGCACGAGAUCCUGGAGGAGCUCGGGGACCAGCCGUCGCUGGACGGCGUGCUAGGGGAGGAGCCGGACCACCCGAGCCCGGAGCGGGCCGAGGUGUGCCUGACGCUGCAGGCGCGCGUUGAUCCAGCCGACGAGGCGGCCCAGCUCACCGCCGGCAAGCUCUUCCUGCAGUGUAAGCAGCUGCUGGUGGACGUGAUGCGCUGCACGGAGGACCCGGACGUGAGCGCCUGCGCGCGCGUCGAGCCGACCGCGCUCCAGGAGCGCCACUACCGCGAGCUGCUGCAGGCGCGCGGACAGGCCGAGAAACGCCGCCACGGCGAUCAGCGACUCCACAGGAACAACUCGUUCCUGGCGCAGCCCUGCGCCACGCUGGAGGAGGCCAAGGACGCGCUGCUGGAGCGGCUGCGGCUGCUGGAGCGCGCGGGCGUGGUGCACCGCGACGACGGCUACCGGGCGCUGCUCGACGCCGUGGCCGCCGACAUCGUCCACCAGAGGCGCCACCGUCUGACGGAGUUGGUGAAGCUGCGGCGCACCAUCUCGUCGCUGGACAAGAAGCGCACCUUCUACCAGGAGCAGGCCUCGUACUAUACCCAGUAUCUGGCCACGUGCCUGCAAGGCAUGGCGACGGGGCGGCGGCGCGCCGGCCGCCACAAGGCCAAGGCGGCGGCGCCGCUGCGCUACACGGCCGCCCGGCUCAAGGAGAAGGGCGUGCUGCUCAACAUCGACGGCAUGCAGCCGGCUGAGCUGAAGGGCGUGCAGUUCGAGAUCUCGCCGCUGGCGGCCGAGGGCCUGUUCCAGGUGAACGCCAAGCUGCUGGGCGUGCAGCUGGAGCGGGUGGAGAUUAGCCUGCAGGAGCUGCUGCAUCUGCAGUACGACGGCGUCUCCGUCAUGGACAUGUUCGGGAGGGUUCGGAUCAACGUCAACCUGCUUAUCUUCCUCCUGAACAGCAAGUUCUACAGCAAGGGCAAGAAGUGAACUGGCCCCGGUGCGCUGGGUCGGCCGAGCGGU